AUGAUGGCCCACCCAGACGCUUGGGGCUUCCCUGAUAUCAGCCGGGUUGUGGCCGCAAAUCCGGGCGAGCCGGUGAACCCUUUCCAUGGCUGGUAUGCUCAGCACUCCAUCAAUCCAGAGGCAGAGUUGGAGGAUGUGGAGUUUCGCUACACCUUGCGGUUGCGGAGCUUCCCAGAGACGACCUUCCAGGCGCUGGCUUUGGGGAAGGUCCCGGAGUGGAUCAAGCCUUACCUGGCGCUGCACGCGGAGGCCGAAGCUCCGGAUGAUUUAGCCAUUUCGGAGGAUGAAGAGGCUGGUCCUGCCGAUGCUGGCAAAGCGAUUGAGCUGGAGAACAACCUCAUGAUGGAGGCGGGCCUGGAGGAUGGUGACAACCUCUACGUGAAGCUGGACGAGCUGAAACUAGCUCGGGAGCGCACGACGGGGCCCGAUGUGCUGGACGCCGACUUGCGAGCGUACCGGUUGAAAGGCCUCAGUGCCAUGCGCAUUUUCCUCCGAAGUCGAGGAAAUCCUGAUAGUCGCAAGGAGGUCAUUAUCAGCCCGAAGAUGGUCAAAGACAUGGCCGCACAGCUCGGAAUACAGAAGAGCCCAGGGCACUACUGGUACUGCAUGUUUGCCUUGCGGUAUCCCCUGGCAUCGGAGUGGGAAGCAGUGGUGCGAGAAGAUACCCGCUGGUACCUGAAUCUGCAGCACGACACGGCUCAGCCCAUCCACCCCAUGAUCAAGAAGUUUCGGGAACACCUGGGCGAUGUCAUCGCCAACGAGUUCCUCUGGGACUUCCGUGGAUUUGUGAAGAUGAAGUGCAGUGAGUGCGGACUUCCAGACUCAGUGGUAUGGUGCCAGCAGUGUACUGACUACUUUUGUGCUCCUUGCUUCCUUCAAAGUCACAAAUCUCGGCGGGGUCGAAAGCACUGGCCACUUCCGGUGCCGGGCUGCAGAUACCUCACCGUGCCAGAGACACGCCGUUUCGAAGAGCAGCUGCCGCUGUUGAAUGUGGGCUUCUCCAACCGACGGCGAUUCCUGGCGCGGGACAACCAGUCCGACAAAAACGGCGACCGAAGCGGAGAUACCUGGCUUUGGUUCCACACAGACACCUUCCAGGCCGCCCUCAUGCAGACCCCAGAGAACCACUGGUGUCUGAAGCGGCGUGAGCCGCCUCGGUUGCCUCCAGGUGUCGAUGGCUACUUCUACAACUUCGCUACAGACACUGUGGCGGAUGAUGUGUCUUACAUCCUCACGUCGCAACAAGAAGCGCGUGCGGUGGCACUCAUGCAGCGCCACAUCCGCGGAGCCUUGACCCGUAGGGCGAUCAAGAAGCAGACCACUGCAUCUCUGAUCUUUCAGAAGACCAAGAUGAUGUGGGAUGUGCAGCGCAUUCACGGCAGCAGCGGCAAGAAUGCCGGCAUUAUCAAGGCAUGGUUCAGAAAGCACCGGGCGCGCGAGAAGAAGGAGAGGGUCCAAUACAGCGCGUCCAGGAUCCAGGCCAUCUGGCGCGGGAUCCUGACGCGGCGGCGGACACGUAGCAAGCUGGCCAGUACCACCCGCUUCCAGGCCUCCUGGCGAGCCUUCGCAGACAGAAGGAACCUAGAAGUUCGGUGGGCUGCGAUCGUCUCCAUCCAGAAGGUCAUUCGUGGCUACAUCCACGGUCGCAACUGGCUGCGUAUGCGGCACAAGUCGGCCGCGAGGAUUCAGGCACUGGUCCGGGGAAUCUUCCAGCGACAGCGGCAUGCGAAGCGGCUUGCAGCAGCCAUUCGCAUCCAGGCUCGCAUUCGAGGCCUCUUUGAUCGGAAGCAGGUUCGGAAUAUCCAGACAGCUGCUACGAAGCUCCAGCGGAACUGGCGGCGCUUUCAGGCACAACUGCAGGUGAAGCAGAUGGUCUACGAGCGCAUGGAGGUUCUCCGUUUGAAGCGCUUGGAUAUCCUGCGCCGGAAGCUCCAGGUGGCCGCCAGUGUCGUUCUGCAGAGGAACUGGAGGCGGCAUGUGGAUGCUCAAAAUGCGUUGGAGGAGCGAAAAGAGAAGGGCGAUGCGGACAAGCGCACCACGACGAUGCUCGUCGCACUUUUCCAGGGAGCCGCUGCGCUGCGCCACUACAUCCACCCCUGGUGGCGGCAUCUACCGCCUCAGAUCCAAGCCAUUCUCAAGGAGCUCAAAGGCCCGCUCCAAAGGAGCAUUGCCUUGCUCCCGGUAUCCGGAAAGCUCGGCUCAGAAGAGCUGGGGCGGCGGGGCCUCAACGUGGCUGGAGUGGAGCACCUCCAGUGCCCCCAGACAUCAAAGGAUCCGGACUUGGCUUCCCACCUCCUCCUCCAGGUCAGCCGACACUUGCUUUCGCACGUGCCUGCAGAGCUCUUUCCCGAGACUGUGAAGUGGGCUUGCUACGCCAUCGGCCACCAAGCUGUGAAGCUUUACCACACCAAGGGCUUCUACACCCAGGAGGAGAUACCUGUCGGCAAGGAGAUGCCUCCGCACCCCAACGACAGCCUCCACUCGCUCUACAAG